AUGCCAACCUUCCUCGUCCACGGCUUCCGCUGGAAUCGCACCAGCAUACGUAUACACAUCAUAUUGAACAAUCUGGACGACGCAGCGCCCGAAUGGAUCAUUGCGCCCGCGAGCUCGGUCACCCUGCUCAACUCCUUCUACACCCUGUUCGACUUCUUGCCGCCCUCGAAUCCACCCCCCGCUUCCAGCCCGCUCGCGCCUGUGGCCGAUCAAGUGGUUACCGAGGAAGAAGCGACGCGCGGGACGGAGAAACUGACGAAGGCGAACAAGAGUAAUCGGAGUAUAAGCAGCCUGCGCGAUUUGGUGCUGAGGCCCAAGAGUAAUGGCGUUGUGAGUCUGGGUGGUGGGAGAGGUAAGGAGAAAGACAAGGAAGAUGGCCCCAAUGGCAAUGGUACCGGAAGCAGAGAGACGAAACCACCUGCGGGUGCGACGGUGGCACCGACCACCAAGACGACAGAGAAGAGGCCUACAUUCAACGACUGGAGCGUAGUGAAGCUGCUGGAGCAGUACGAUCCCGAGAUUGAAACCUGUAGCCAGCCGCACGCGUACGUCGCGGAUUACAUGGUGGAGGUUUCGCUGGGGGUUUCUGUUGCGGAGGAAAUGGCCAGGUAUGAGGCUAAGAUUGCGGAGGAGGAGAGCCUCCUGAGUGCGCCGGCGACGCCUCUGUCACCUGAGAAAACUGGCUUUCCGACGGUCGAUGAGAAUGGAGAGUUGGCGAGUCCGCCGCUAAGUGCGAGGGAUGUGCGGAGGAAGAGUAGGCGGCUGAACUGGUUUGAGAAGUUGAGGGACGGGUUGCAGAAAGAGGCGGCUAUUGGCUGGCAUGUCGUUGUGUGUGGAGAUGAGGAGAGAACUCCGCCUAGCAUUAAUGAAGACGAGGAUAAGGAGAGUGUUGAGGAAGAGGGAUAUCAGAAGCCACCUCGAAGCGCUGGUUUGAGAGGCUUCUUCGGCAUGAAGAAUUAG